AUAAACAGAGUGUAAUUAGGGUUUUAUCUCUCCUUCAUAUUCCAAUCUCUACUCUAGUUUCAUGCUUUUUUGUGAACCAUGGAAGCUGCAAAACUACGAACGGAAGAUGUUACAUUCUCAGACAGGAUCAGCCAUUUACCUGACGAUUUGCUCUUCAGAAUGCUCUCAUUAGUCCCAAUAAGCGAUGCCAUGCAUACAAACUUACUCUCUAAACGGUGGAAAUCUGUAUGGAAGAUGAUGCCAACGCUUGAGUACGAUCAAAGUUGUUGUGCCAACAUUGGUUCCCUUGGAUUUGAAGAAUUUUGUAAGAGGUCGGUGCAACUACAUGAAGCUCCGGUUCUCAGAACCCUAACCCUCAAAUUAAACCAACAGAGAUCUCUGAAACUCCCAGGUAGUUUCCCAGACACAGUCUUCCAAAAACUAGUCGUCCUGAAACUCCACACAAUUAUUCCUCACUUUCCUGAUUCACCACCAUCGACGGUUUGUUUCCAGUCCUUGAAAAGUUUGCACCUCACACAUGUGAGUUUCCUUGGCGAAAAAGGUUUCUGCAGGCUAAUAUCCGCUUGUCCUGUUCUUGAUGAUCUUUUCUUGGAUAGUGUUACCAGUAGAAUCCAAGUUUGGUUGCGUUCCUCUUUCACCAUCUCGGUCCCUUCUCUACAGAGACUCGAGAUCAAACAAAAUACUUCGCAUGAUCCCAUCUACCCUAGCUAUCACUCUGAAUUCAAGAUAGACACUCCUUCCUUGAAGUACAUAAGGAUCAUCCAUUCCAUUGGCAGUUUCAUCUUCUAUGAAGAUAUGCCUAACUUAGUGGAGGCUCGUCUCGGUGUUGCUCCUUAUCAAACUGACAAGUUUCUCAGAUUUCUUACCUCAGUCCAGUUUCUUUCGAUAUGUAUAUAUGCUAAAGAGGUUCUGCUUCUAGCUAAGAAAAUUUCUCAGCGGCUUCUUCAUUUGGAACUACAUAUUUACGGAAAAAGUUCGCUCAAUCUGCUUCUGUAUUUGCUCAAACAAUCUCCUAAACUACAAUUUCUCAAGCUUCACGAGACACAUAAAAUUUUUACCAUGCCUACUUAUCCCAGUAGGUUGAUUCGUUCCGAAGAGUACAAUGAUCCAUCACCUUCAGUCUGUAACCCCAGCUCGAUUCCUGAAUUUGUGUCCUUCCAUCUUAAAGCUUUUCAAUGGCUUCUCUACAGAGGAAGAGAGGAAGAGAAACAGAUUGUUCUCUACAUCCUGCAGAACGCUCUUUGUUUAAAAACCGCUGCCAUCUCUUUAUCUUCAGUUGGUCUGCAACGCGGGGAAGAGCUACUGAUGAUCAAAGAGUUGGAAUAUAUGCCUAAGGUUUCAACUUCUUGCAAGCUUGUAGUUCAACAUAGAGAGUAAUCUUCAUUAAUCAAAAAGGAAACAAGCUCUGCUCCUGAGUGCUUGAGCUUCCAUCUCGACACUCUUCUACGGAUACGCGAUGUCGGAUAUGAAAACAGGAGAAGAGAAGAAGCUUCCAUUUACAUUUUGAAAAAAACCCUAGUCGUUUAAAGAGUGUUUUUAUCUCUUUGGCUUUUACGUGCAUGAAGGAGUUGGAAUGUAUGUUUAGGCAUAAUCUUUUACUGAUUCUGACAAUUCUAUAUGUUUGAGCUGUGAAGA